UCUCACACUGGCUCUGGGAAUUGGGGAUCAUUUUCCUUCUUGUAAGAAUUGCAGAGCAAGGCCUGGAGAGAUAGAUGAGCCAUUGCCCAAGUUUGAACUUGUCCUUCCUAAAGUGAUGAGUGAAGCUGGUGGAUCUGAGAUAGGCCAUCUGGACAGGAGAAGAAUGUGGAGUCAGGCUGGAGGGGACCUUUGCCUGAUACAGCUCUGGACCAGUCCUGAGGCGCCUACUUUGGUUUAGACGUGUAGAGUGCAGGCUAAGUGCCUGGCCCUUGGCUCAGUUCCAGAAACACAUGUGGUGUCUAUCCUCAAGAAGCUCACAGUCUAGUAAGCUCCACAGACAAAGAAACAGGCAACGGCAGGCUCCCGUGUAAUCACGGAGUAAGACUCUUCUGUUGAUGUGCCCAGGCAAAGGUGACAGAAUCUGCAUAUUCCUCAGGGAGGGCUUACUCAUAGGCUUUGAGGAGUUGGCAGAGAGAGAGAAAUGAAAAAGAGAUUGUGUACAAAAAGGCCUCCAGGAGCACAGCAGGGACAAGGCGAGGGAGAAAAAUACAAACAGGGUCACGACCGCUGCGAGCAGGCCUUGCUGCAGAUUGGGAUCAACAUGAUGGCACUGCCUGGAGGUCGCCACCUGGACUCCGUCACCCUGCCGGGUCAGCGUUGCAGGCUGCACCUGAUGCAGGUGGACUCAGUCCAGCGCUGGAUGGAAGAUCUGAAGCUCAUGACCGAGUGCGAGUGCAUGUGCGUCCUGCAGGCCAAGCCCAUCAGCCUGGAAGAGGAUGCACAGGGUGACCUCAUCCUGGCAGGUGGCCCUGGCCCUGGAGACCCCCUGCAGCUGCUGCUCAAACGGGGUUGGGUCAUCAGCACAGAGCUGCGCAGGAUCGGGCAGAAGCUGGCCCAGGACCGCUGGGCACGGGUGCACAGCAUGAGCGUGCGUCUGACCUGCCACGCCCGCUCCAUGGUCAGCGAGUACAGUGCUGUCAGCAGGAACUCCUCGAAGGAAAUGGGCCAGAUUGAGAAGCUGCUAAUGGAGAAAUGCUCAGAGCUCUCAGCAGUCACAGAGAGGUGCCUUCAGGUUGAGAAUGAGCAUGUCCUGAAGUCAAUGAAGGCCUGUGUGAGUGAGACCCUGAGCACACUGGGCCAGCACUUUGGCCAGCUGCUGGAGCUGGCCCUGACACGGGAGGUUCAGGCACUGGUGAGAAAAAUUGAUGCCUCAGACAAUAUCUACACCACAGAGUCCACCACAGGGAACCUGUUCAGCCUGACCCAGGAGGGGGCUCCCUUGUGCCGCAUCAUAGCCAAGGAGGGUGGGGUCGUAGCACUCUUCAAGGUUUGCCGGCAGGACAGUUUCCGGUGCUUGUACCCCCAGGCGCUCCGCACGCUGGCCUCCAUCUGCUGCGUGGAAGAGGGUGUCCACCAGCUGGAGAAGGUGGAUGGUGUUCUGUGCUUGGCCGACAUCCUGACCGACGACAGCCACUCAGAGGCCACACGGGCUGAGGCUGCGGCUGUGGUGGCCCAGGUCACCUCCCCACACCUGCCCGUCACCCAGCACCUCAGUAGCUUCCUGGAGAGCAUGGAGGAGAUCGUGACGGCCCUCGUCAAACUGUGCCAAGAGGCCUCAUCAGGGGAAGUCUUCCUACUGGCCUCUGCGGCCCUUGCCAACAUCACAUUCUUUGACACAAUGGCCUGCGAGAUGCUCCUGCAGCUGAAUGCCAUCCGUGUCCUCCUGGAAGCCUGCAGCGACAAGCAGAGAGUGGACACGCCUUACACUCGGGACCAGAUUGUGACCAUCUUGGCAAACAUGUCUGUCCUAGAACAGUGUGCCUCUGACAUCAUUCAGGAGAAUGGGGUCCAGCUUAUCAUGGGCAUGCUGUCUGAAAAGCCAAGGUCUGGGACUCCUGCUGAGGUGGCAGCCUGUGAGCGAGUCCAGCAGAAAGCUGCAGUGACCCUGGCUCGUCUCAGCCGAGACCCAGAUGUGGCACGGGAGGCCGUGCGGCUCAGCUGCAUGUCCCGUCUCAUCGAGCUCUGCAGAUCCCCAUCAGAGAGGAACAGCAGUGACGCCGUGCUUGUGGCCUGCCUGGCUGCUCUGCGUAGAUUGGCUGGGGUCUGCCCCGAAGGCCUCCAGGACUCUGACUUUCAGCAGUUGGUCCAGCCUCGGCUUGUGGACUCCUUCUUACUCUGCAGCAACAUGGAGGAGAGUUUUGUGUAGUGAGUGUGGGAGAAGAAAGACAUUUGGCUGUUCUCACACCCCCUCUGAGUAUGCACCAGUGAACACACCUGAAUACACACCAGCUCUCCUCUUCUUAUUUAUACUUAACUUAUUUUUGUGUGCAAUAAAUGGAGGGCGAAAUCUCAGAGCAACAUCAUCAAACUGUCUGUGGUCCUUGGGAAUCUUCUUUGUUUUUUAUUUUUUGAUUUCUGUAGCUUUUCAGUUGCAGAUGUUGAAAUUCGUAAUGACCAAUAUGACAGAUUGUCAUGGGUGAUUCCACUUCAUCUUAUUUUUUCUACUCUUACUAUAUAAUCUUGCCUCAUUUUUUAAAACUUUGCAACCAGAGUAUUUCAACUGCCUAGGAGGUUUUUUUUUAAGUUGGAUUUGCUCUUCUCAAAAAUGUAAAAUGAAUUUAAUAAUUGGGUAGAAUAUAUUGGAAAGAAGUUUCUUUUUCUUUAAUAAAUGGAAUCAUAUAAAAUG